GCAAGCUUGGUUGCAGCGACCUAGUGGUUGUUGACGUUGACGUCAGGACUCAGAAGUCAACUCCACGGCGGGCAAGAAGCAGCCCUACCAACAGCAUCAAGCUCAUUCUAAACUAAUGCGAUUACACUCACUGGAGAGGUGACCAUGCAGUUUCUGGGUCGGUUGUUAGACACGGUCUCGUCCGUGUCGUCCAAUCUCUUCUCCAACCCGUACCGUGUGAAGGAUGUGCCACUGUCCGACUACGGCACCGGAGGCAAGGUCCGGCUGAAGGAGGAGGGUCGUAUGGUUCUGUACCGGAACCCGGCCUGUCAGUCAUGGGACUGUGUGCUCAUGUGUCCGGAGAAUCCCACUUUGGCUAUCAGGCUGUUCCAGGUGCCAGCGGAGGAGGACGCCCUGAACUGGUUCCCGCAGUACGCCCUCAAGCUCCGCCCCUUUUACGAGACCCUACACCUGAAGGCGGAGAGCACUCAGCCAAUCGUGGACUGCCUCCGCAGCCACCCGGACUGGAGCUCCGCCCACAUUGCUGUGGACCGGGGCCUGCGGGAGUGUCUGAAACACAACUACAUCCAGAGCCAGCUCAACGCUCGCGACGCCUCGGGCCAGACACCGCUGCACGUGGCGUGCGAGCGGGGCGACGUGGUGUGCGUGCGCGAGCUGCUGGAGGAGAGCCAGGCGCGCACGGACAUCGCCGACCACAACGGCGAGACGCCCAUGCACUGCGCCGCCAAGCAGGAAACGGCCGCCGUCGUCAAGGUGCUGUGUUCACGUCUCUGCGCUGGCGUUAACGAGCUCAACACUGCGGGGGAGACCCCGCUCCACGUGGCGUGCCGCCUGGGUCGGGCCGAGGCCGUGGCCGCCCUGCUGGCCGGCGGGGCGCGCUGCGACGUGACGGGGGGCAGCGGCUACCCCAUCCACUCUGCCAUGAAGUACAGCGAAAAGGGGUGUGCAGAGGCGGUUCUUACAGCUGACCCAGGACAGCUCCAGGCUGAGGACCCUGUUUACGGAGGAAGUCCUCUCCACUGGUCCAAGACUGCUGAGAUGUGCAGGAUGCUGCUGGAGCGGGGUUGUGCGGUGAACUACCUCAGUAAGACGGGGGAGAGUGCACUGCACAUUGUGACCAAGAGGGGGCGCUUUGAGGCGGCCAUGGUGCUGAUGACCCACGGGGCCGACGCCAACCUCAGGGGGCAGGGCGGGAACACAGCGCUGCACCUCGCCAUGAAGAUGGACCAAAUGGACCUGAUCAAGGCUCUGAUCGUGUUCGGGGCGGACGUGGAGAUCCACAACGACCUUGGGGAGACUCCUGGGCUCAUCGCCGCUCGCACUAGCAAAGGUCCUAAUAGAAAGAUCCUGCUGGACAUGCUCUGUAGCGUGGGGGUCCAACGCUGCCACCCCCCCACGCCUACCAGCCCCCCCGCAGCUACGCCCUCUGCUCCAGCCAUAGGCUUUGAUGACCUAAUGCACGUGGCGGCCUCAGUCGGAGCGAUGAGUCGGGGGUCGUCGGCGGUGGACGGCGGUAAACCCCAGAGGAAGAAGGCGGACCGGUUGCUGUGUCUAGAUGGCGGGGGGAUCAAAGGUCUGGUUCUGAUCCAGCUGCUGAUCGCCCUGGAGAGGGAGGCGGGCCGACCCACCAGGGAGCUCUUCGACUGGGUGUCCGGGACCAGCACGGGGGGCAUCCUGGCCCUGGCCAUCAUCCAUGGUAAGUCCAUGGAGUACCUGCGCUGCCUGUACUUCAGGAUGAAGGAGCAGGUGUUCAAGGGCUCCCGGCCGUACGAGUCGGCGCCGCUGGAGGACUUCCUGAAGAAGGAGUUCGGCGAGAACACCAAGAUGGCCGAAGUCCGCUACCCAAGGGUGAUGGUGACUAGCGUGCUAGCGGACCGGCACCCCGGGGAGCUGCACAUCUUCAGGAACUACGACCCCCCCUCCCUGGCCAGGGCGCCGCCCUACGCCUCCACCGCCACCUUCCAGCCGCUCACCAUCCCACAAGGAUGGGAGGAUGAGGAUGUGUUGAUUGUAGGAUACACUCAGGAGCCCGCAAGGAAGCGUAGGAAGGUGACCGACGAAGAGCAGCUGGUCUGGAGGGCAGCCCGCUCCAGUGGUGCCGCCCCCACCUAUUUCCGACCAAUGGGUCGUUUCCUGGACGGAGGGCUGCUGUCCAAUAACCCAACGCUAGACGCCAUGACGGAGAUCCACCAGUACAACAAGGCUCUGAAGGCAGAGGGCCGUGGCCAGGAGGUCCAGAGGCUGGGCAUAGUGGUCUCCCUGGGCACCGGGAAGCCCCCCCAGGUGGUGGUGAACUCGGUGGAUGUGUUCCGGCCCUCCAACCCCCUGGAGCUGGCCAAGAGCAUAGUUGGCGCUAAGGAGCUGGGCAAGAUGCUGGUGGACUGUUGUACAGACUCGGACGGCUGUGCGGUGGACAGAGCCACGGCCUGGUGUGAGAUGACCGACACUAUCUACAACCGCCUGAGCCCCCAGCUCUCCCAGGAGGUGCUUCUGGACGAGGUGAGCGAUGCGGCUCUGGUGGACAUGCUGUGGGAGACCCAGAUGUACCUGUACGAGAACAGGGAGGUCCUGCAGACCCUGGCUCAGAGGCUGAUCCUCCAAUGAGGGGGGGAGGAGUGUGAGGAGAAGCAGAGACUCUAGGAGGCGUUGGCUUGAGAGUAGGAGCAUGAGUGGAGAAACGACAGAAGGCGUGUGGCGUGUGCAUGCUUUGUUCUGUAGCAAAGACCUUGAGGAUCGCCAGGUUCCACUCCUUUACUCCACUGAAACACCUGAACACAUUAAAUGAAACGCACACACACACACACACACACACCGAGGUGUACUGUGUGUGGUAGCAAGUGACCUAAUGGCUGCUAAAAAAAACUGCCUUUCUUGAGGGACAGGAAUAAGUCCUUUUGAACGGCUCCCUAAAUAACAACAACAAUAAUGACAUCACACUGUAGAGACACAACCUGUCACAGUGAAAUUACCUGAAAUAAGCCAAUCACAAACUGCGAUUGCAAUUACCAGCUUCUCACCAAUUUUGGCUUGUCUUCAUAAUGUCUAAGUAAGGGGUGGGAAUGUAGUGUUGCAUACUUCUAAUGAGAUCAUGCUGACUUGGCCUCGUUUUCUGGAACGUUUGUUGUCCACACUUUGCUACUACACUCUAGCGCAACAUGUUUCCAUAACUGCUGCAUAUUUAUCUGUUACAUAUAGGCUGGUCUGGGAAGGUCACAUCAUGAGUGACUGAUUUCAGUGUUGAACUAUUUGCUUUCUUUUUUUAACCAAUAGCUCAGACUUCCCUUCUCGUAGCCCACUGUUGUCUUAAACGUGAAUAUCAAACCAAUAAUGCUGUUACCACUGAAACGUAUAUCGCAAACCACUUAAAUACAGACCACCAAACCAAAUACUUGAAGUCAUUGCACUGCCUAACUGGAAUUUCCUUCUGUCUGUUAGAUUGUUAUCAUUAUUAAUAUGAACAAGUUUGUGCUAUAAUUUGUGCUAUAAUUAUGUGAACUAUUUGAUAAAAUGACCAAGAUAUG